AUGUUAGCAAUUAAUGCAUCAUUCUAUUUGCAGAUGCCAGAAAAAUCUUGUGUUCCUGGUUGCAAUAGCAACUACAAAUCCAGCAAGGAAGAGGGUUACUUCUCAAUGUUCAGAUUCCCUACUGAAGAGAAAAACAGAAAACGAUGGACAAGAAAUAUCCCCAGAAAGGACUGGACUCCAUCAAAUAGAAGUGUUGUUUGCAUUAAACAUUUUGAAGAAUGUGAUGUAUCAAGAGUGGAGAUUUACAAGGACUCUGAAGGGAACUGUCACGAGUUUCCUCGUCAAAGGCCAUUGCUUUUACCAGAUGCUGUGCCAAAAAUAUUCCCUGGGUUACCAUCGUAUUUAAGUAAGGUGCAGCCUCCAAGAAGGUGUGACCCAGAAAUAAGAAGGAAGCGUGCACGCCAUGAAGAGAAGGAUGAAGCCAUGCUAAAUGAGGACAUUAUUGCAAAUUUUCAGUGUUUGUGUGCUGAGUACCAGGAUAGGAUAAACAGUGUAGGAAAGUGGAGUGUUAGUGUUAAAGAGAAUAAGACAUUCUUUUAUACUAUAGAUUUUUCUGAAGACCUGUGA